ACAUCACUCACAGAUUUUCAUUGAAAACCUAUUCAGGGAAAAAUAGAUAUAGCAAAAGCUAAGAAGCUCCAUGGUUCCCACAGUUCUUGAGAAGUUUAUAGCCUAAAUGAAUUGAGGGAGGGGUGGUCUAAGCUAAAGUAAUUCUACUGACUCCAUAAAACACACCUCAUACCAGUUCAUAGUCCUUCUAAAAACUAUUAACAGUACAAGGCAGCAUAGGCUAAGAACCAUGAGCAUCACCAGAACUAAGUGGAGUGGGGUGGUAAGGUUUGACUUGGGGGACUGUGUCUUCGGGAUUCUCCUGGCGUAUAAAUGAUACCACUGCAUCAGCUUUUAUUUUGCAUAUUCCAGGUUCAGAUAAAUAAGGAAGUAAAAAGAAUCUGUUGCCUACUCCUACUUUCUGUGCCAAAUCUGAGGAAACCAUUAUUGACCUGGCAACAAAAGGUGGAAAAAAAGAGAAGCAGCGAAAUUGUCAAAAACUAUGUUCUUCUCAUUGAGAUGAGGCCUCCAGGGGGCAGCACUAAGGCAGAGAAAUAGAUUAAGGUCACUCAGUCCUUUGCUUGGUCUGGGGCUCCCCACAGUUCCCCAUCACUCCUCCCAUUCCUUCCAACUUUAUUUUUAGCUGCCAGUGGGAGGGGGCAGGAUAGGAGGGAAAGUAAAGAAAACAGAAAAAGGAGAGGGACAGAGGCACAGAAGACUUCUCACACAGGGCAGAAUGACCAGCGUGAAGCUCCCCUUCUUCCCUCACCUGCUCUUGGGCCUAAUGUUCCUGACAGGUCUCUGCUCCCCCUUCAACUUGGACGUGCAUCACCCACGCCUAUUCACAGGGCCACCAGAAGCUGAAUUUGGAUACAGCGUCUUACAACAUGUUGGGGGUGGACAGCCAUGGAUGCUGGUGGGUGCUCCCUGGGAUGGGCCUUCAGGCGACCGGAGGGGUGACGUUUAUCGCUGCUCUGUAGGGGGGACCCACAAUGCCCCAUGUGCCAAGGGCCACUUGGGUGAUUACCAACUGGGCAAUUCAUCUCAUCCUGCUGUGAAUAUGCACCUGGGGAUGUCUCUACUAGAGACAGAUGGUGAUGGGGGAUUCAUGGCCUGUGCCCCUCUCUGGUCUCGUGCUUGUGGCAGCUCUGUCUUCAGUUCCGGAAUAUGUGCCCGUGUGGAUGCUUCAUUCCAGCCCCAGGGAAGCCUGGCACCCACUGCCCAACGCUGCCCCACAUACAUGGAUGUUUUAAUCGUUUUGGAUGGCUCCAACAGCAUCUACCCCUGGUCUGAAGUUCAGACCUUCCUACGGAGACUGGUAGGGAGACUGUUUAUUGAUCCAGAACAGAUACAGGUGGGACUGGUACAGUAUGGGGAGAGCCCUGUGCAUGAGUGGUCCCUGGGAGAUUUCCGAACCAAGGAAGAAGUGGUGAGAGCAGCAAGGAACCUCAGUCGGCGAGAGGGACGAGAAACAAAGACUGCUCAAGCAAUAAUGGUGGCCUGCACAGAAGGGUUUAGUCAAUCCCAUGGGGGCCGACCAGAGGCUGCCAGGCUACUAGUAGUUGUCACUGAUGGAGAAUCACAUGAUGGAGAGGAGCUUCCUGCAGCAUUAAAGGCCUGUGAGGCUGGAAGAGUCAUACGCUAUGGGAUUGCAGUCCUUGGUCACUACCUCCGGCGGCAGCGAGACCCUAGCUCUUUCCUUCAGGAAAUUAGAGCUAUUGCCAGUGACCCUGAUGAGCGAUUCUUCUUCAAUGUCACAGAUGAGGCUGCACUGACUGACAUUGUGGAUGCACUAGGAGACCGAAUUUUUGGCCUUGAGGGGUCCCAUGGAGAAAAUGAAAGUUCCUUUGGGCUGGAAAUGUCUCAGAUUGGUUUCUCCACUCAUCAACUGAAGGAUGGAAUUCUCUUUGGGAUGGUGGGGGCCUAUGACUGGGGAGGCUCAGUGUUAUGGCUUGAAGAAGGUCGCCGCCUUUCCCCCCCACGAACAGCCCUGGAAGAUGAAUUUCCCCCUGCGUUGCAGAACCAUGCAGCCUACCUAGGUUACUCUGUUUCCUCCAUGCUUUUGCAAGGUGGACGACGCCUCUUUCUCUCAGGGGCUCCUAGGUUUAAACAUCGAGGAAAAGUCAUUGCCUUCCAGCUUAAGAAAGAUGGGGCUGUGAGGGUUGCCCACAGUCUCCAGGGAGAGCAGAUUGGUUCGUACUUUGGCAGUGAGCUCUGUCCAUUGGAUACGGAUAGGGAUGGAACAACUGAUGUCUUACUUGUGGCUGCCCCCAUGUUCCUGGGACCCCAGAACAAGGAGACAGGACGUGUUUAUGUGUAUGUUGUGGGCCAGCAAUCUUUGCUGAUGCUCCAAGAAACACUUCAGCCAGAACUUCCCCAGGAUGCUCGGUUUGGCUUUGCCAUGGGUGCCCUUCCUGAUCUGAACCAAGAUGGUUUUGCUGAUGUGGCUGUGGGGGCUCCCCUGGAAGAUGGGCACCAGGGAGCACUGUACCUGUAUCAUGGAACCCAAAGUGGAGUCAGGCGCCAUCCUGCUCAGCGGAUUGCUGCUGUCUCCAUGCCACAGGCUCUCAGCUACUUUGGCCGAAGUGUGGAUGGCCGGCUAGAUCUUGAUGGAGAUGAUCUGGUAGAUGUGGCUGUGGGUGCCCAUGGGGCGGCCAUCCUGCUCAGCUCCAGGCCCAUUGUCCACUUAGCCCCAUCACUGGAUAUAACUCCACCGGCCAUCAGUGUGGUUCAGAAGGACUGUAGACAGCGAGGCCAAGAUGCAGCCUGCCUGACUGCAGUCCUUUGCCUCCAAGUGACCUCCCACACUCCUGGCCGCUGGGAUCGCCAAUUUUAUGUGAGGUUCACAGCAUCACUGGAUGAGUGGACGGCUGGGGCCCGUGCAGCAUUUGAUGGUUCUGGCCAGAGGCUGUCCCGCUGGCGGCUCCAGCUUAGUGUGGGGAAUGUCACUUGUGAACAGCUGCACUUCCAUGUGCUGGAUACAUCAGAUUAUUUCCGACCAGUGGCGUUGACUGUGACCUUUGCCUUGGACAACACUACAAAGCCAGGACCUGUGCUGGAUGAAGGUUCACCCACCUCUAUACGAAAGCUGGUUCCCUUCUCAAAAGAUUGUGGCCCUGACAAUGAAUGUGUCACUGACCUGGUGCUUCAAGCUAGUAUGGACAUCAAAGGCUCCAGGACAGCCCCAUUUGUGGUUCGAGGUGGCCAGCGGAAAGUACUGGUAUCAGCAACUUUAGAGAACAGGAAGGAAAAUGCCUACAACACUAGCCUGAAUCUCAGCUUCUCUAGAAACCUCCAUCUGGCCAGUUUCACUCCUCAGAAGGACAGCCUAGUAAAGGUGGAAUGUGCAGCCCCUUCCCCUCAUGCCCAAUUCUGCAGUGUUGGGCAUCCUGUCUUCCAGGCUGAAGCCAAGGUGACCUUUCUCCUAGAGUUUGAGUUUAGCUGUGCCUCUCUUCUGAACCAGGUCAUGGUGAGGCUGACUGCCAGUAGCAGUAGCCUGGAGAGAAAUGAGACCCUUCAAGACAAUACAGUCCAUACCUCUGCCCACAUCCAAUAUGAGCCUCACCUCCUGUUCUCUAGUGAGUCUACCCUGCACCGCUAUGAGGUUCACACCUAUAGGACCCUCCCAGUGAGUCCUGGCCCUGAAUUCAAAACUACUCUUAGGGUUCAGAAUCUCGGCUGUUAUGUGGUCAGUGGCCUCAUCAUCUCAGCUUUCCUUCCAGCUGUAGCCCAUGGGGGCAAUUACUUCCUGUCACUAUCUCAAGUCAUCACUAGCAAUGCAAGCUGCACAGUGCAGAACCUGACUGAGCCUCCAGGGUCCCCUGUGCAUCCAGAGGAGCUUCAGCACACAAGCAGACUGAAUGAAAGCAAUACUCGGUGUCAGGUUGUGAGGUGUCACCUCCGGCAGCUGGCAAAGGGGACUGAGGUUUCUAUUGGACUAUUGAGGCUGGUUCACAAUGAAUUUUUCCGGAGGGCCAAGUUCAAGUCUCUGACAGUAGUCAGCACCUUCCAGCUGGACACUGAGGAGGGCAGUGUCCUACAGCUGACUGACGCCGCCCGUUGGAGUGAGAGCCUCCUGGAGGUAAUUCAGACCCGCCCUGUCCUCAUCUCCCUAUGGAUCCUCAUCGGCAGUGUCCUUGGAGGGCUGCUCCUGCUUGCUCUCCUUGUCUUCUGUCUGUGGAAGCUUGGCUUCUUUGCCCGUAUGAAAAUUCCCGAAGAAGGAAAAAGAGAAGAGAAGUUGGAACAAUGAUUGUAGAAUAAGGCUCAAAAAGCCUUCCCUGGCAGCUUCUUCAAGAGACUUGUGUCAGAGAAGAGGUUUGGGGCUCAGAGGGGACAAGAAGAAGCUUCAGAAGUAUUUCCCCAGACCUGCAGCCUGACUUGACUUUUGAGUCACGGGGAUGCUGCUGGCAAGAGAUGAGAGUUUACCUCAGACAAGAAGGGCUGGCACCAAAACCAGUAACACUCCUACCCUGUACUUCCCACCCUGUACUUCCCUCCUGCUCCACAGCCAAUAUUGGGGUUGUUGUUGUGGCCUGUUUGUCCCCAUCUUCAGGAAUCAAAAUAAUUUUUUUGCCUAGGUCCCUGACUCCUUUCAGAUUCCCUUAGUCCUCCAUCAGAAUUUGGAAAGGAUGACGGUUAUCUUCCUCCAUUCCCCCACUCUUUCACCUUUCUGCCUGCUCCCCACUCCACAGGAGGGAGCUGACAUUGGCUUGAGAGAAGUAAAGUCAACAUCUGCUGCUUUCCUGUGGAGUCUAGUGAUUCAUAGAGCCGGAUGGGGAGAGUCAACAGGAAAAAAGGAGGGAGGAGGAAAAGCCACAAGAGACGUUCUGUACAAUCCCAAGGAACAGAGAAGCCUUUAGACAGGCAACUGCCACCCCCUCCUGAAACCUGAGACUUCAUGGUACACUUGCACGCCCUCAGGUGCUGGGGAAACAGAGCUGCCUCCAGGCUUACAGGGCAUGGGCUUCCCAACCCUCAGUCUUCCUUGGAAGCAAAGCCAGGGCCUGGCACCCAAUUUUCUGGAGCUAGGGGCCCCCAAGUGGCAAAAACUGGAAUGUCAGAGAAGACUGACGAGGCAGUGCUUUUCCCUAGUUCUCUCAGGCUUUACUCUUAAGCCCUCCUUAUAGAAAGCAGAGAAAAGGGAGAGGAUUACUGCUUUAUGGUGGGAAGCCCUUUCACCUUUCCAGCUUUGGAAAGCAGCAGACCCAUGGGGUUCCAAUGAGUGGGGUCUGCAUUAAGAAACCAGAGUUGUUGGUAUGAGUGGUUCAGGGAGUAAGCCCUUACUUGUCCAGCAUUGGUUGUAUAGCAUAAAUAUCUCCUAGGAAAAUGUUUCUGGGGCAACCCUAGUCAUACUUUGCUAGUCAUAAUUUCUCUGUUUGAAUCAGUUUUCCAGCCCUUACUUGACGUUUACUGGAAAUCCCCAAGUUAAUUUCUGUAUACAAACUACCCAUUCUUAUCCCAUAUUUUGGUCAUGGGCAGUAAAGGCAAUUGGAUUUCUCAUAGAUUCUGGGAAACUUGUUUCUUUGUAAUCAAGACAGAGCUAUUGGUCUGCAGAGUGCAUCUCUAACAGCCAUUUGAAGAAACAGCACCCAUUUAGAGCUGAGAGGAGAGAAGACUUGAUUGGGCGUUGACUAUCAGCCACAGAACCUGUCUUCCCAGGCUGUUCUUGACA